UGGUGGCUCUACUAGGCGGCUUCUUAGCCGUCGUACUGCUGGAGGAGAGCAUUGCGCAGGCGCAACAAAGAAUGGCAGAGACAUCGGGGCUACAGAUGGAGCCGUCCGGGGGGGAGCAAGAGCCGGGGGCCGUCAGGCUCCUGGACCUGCCCUGGGAGGACGUCCUGCUCCCGCACAUCCUCAGCCGCGUCCCCCUGCGGCAGCUGCUCCACCUGCAGCGCGUCAGCAAAGCUUUCCAGGCGCUAGUGCAACUGCACCUGGCGCGCCUGCGCAGCUUCGAUUCGGCACAGGUGGGCCCCCAGGUUCCGAGGGCAGCCCUGGGCCGGCUGCUGCGUGACUCCGAGGGGCUCCAAGAGCUGUGCCUGGAGUCGUGCCGUGACUGGCUGUCCGAUGAGGACCUGGAGCCGGUGCUGAGCCGGAACCCCGGGCUGCGGCGCGUGGGGCUGGCGGGCUGCGGGCGGCUCAGCCGCCGGGCGCUGGUGACGCUGUCCUUGAGCUGCUCGCAGCUGCGCUGCCUCUCGCUUGCCCACUGCGACUGGGUGGACGGCCUGGCCCUGCGGGGCCUCGCCGACCGCUGCCCAUGCCUAGAGGCCCUGGACCUCACGGCCUGCCGACAGCUUCGGGACACAGCCGUGGCCUACCUGGCCCAGCGCCGCGGGGCCCAGCUCCGAUCCCUCUCCCUGGCUGUCAACGCGAAUGUGGGGGAUGCCACCGUGCAAGAGUUAGCCCGAUGCUGCCCCCAGCUCGAACACCUGGACCUCACCGGCUGUCUCCGAGUGCGGAGUGACGCCAUCAGGACCCUGGCAGAGUAUUGCCCUAGGCUUCGCUCACUUCGCGUUCGUCACUGUCACGAUGUGGCCGAGUCCAGCCUGAGUGCCCUGAGGAAACGUGGUGUGGACAUUGAUGUGGAACCACCUCUGCAGCGGGCCCUUGUCCUCUUACAAGAUGUCGUGGGUUUUGCUCCCUUUGUCAACCUGCAAAUCUGAUCAAUCAUUGAAGGGGGUGGAGGUUUGGGGGUUUGGUGAACACAGCUGGACUGUGGAUCUGGGAACACCCUGUGCUGGGGGGCUCCACCCCUGUCUCCUUCCCCCUAGCUGGGACUGGAGCCUGGACAAGGUCACCAGCUUGGAGAGGAAGGGGAAAAGGGAGAGAGAACGUGCUUGACUGAAACUGGGGGCGGGGUAGGCAUCUCUCUCUGGGGAAAGAUAGAAAUAAAAGACUCUACUUGAACCCUG